AUGAUUGAAGGUCUUUCGACGUUUUCUGGACGCACCAUGCCAAAAGGAUCUGGAAUCUACUCGGUGAUGAACGACGGCAGGACGAUACUGACGGCAUCGAACAAGGAGAGAAAGCUUAUCCAGCGAAAGAUCAAUCCACGAGAUAUCCGAUGGACGACGACAAGUAGGGAGUUCUUUGGAAAGGAAUCCCAAUAUGUGGUUGAGAAGAUGAAUGUGCAGAAGGUCAAGAUCGUCCGUGGAUUUAGACAUAUCAGUGCUGGCUUGCUUGAAAAAGCCAGGCAGACAGAGUCUUCAAGAAAAUGA